AUGUCAGUUGAAGUAGAUAAGCACCGGAACACAUUACAGUAUCAUAAAAAGAGACCCUACUCCCCCUUAUUCUCUCCAAUUUCUACAUAUAGGUAUUAUCCUAAUCACCGGUCAUUGAACAAACCCUCUGAGUCCAGAAGAUCAGCCAGUUUCAGUGGUAUUCAUAAAAAAAGAACCAAUACGUCAAGAUUCAAUUAUCUAAACGACCGCCGUGUUUUAUCAAUGGAAGAAGCAGUAAAAGAUGGGUCAGAGAGCGUUAAUAGAGGCGGUCUUAUAGAAGGUUUAAGAGAAACCCUCUGGAAUUCGGGUAGGUACUUAUGGCACACAUUUGUGAAAAAUGAACCUCGCAAUGCCGAUACUGCUGAAGUUGAUACGAGCGGUAGCAGCGACGCUGGGAGCAGAAGCUCUGGAAGCAGGAGUAGUAACGUAUCAUAUCGUAUACGUGAAGAGUAUCCCACAGAUAUAGGAAAACGCAAGUUCGAUACUUCGAUGUGGGUUUCACCAAAAAAAAGGAGAAAAAUUGAAAGUGAAGAUAUGGGGGGACUUUUAAGCUCACCGGUCAGCUUUCCGACUUCUCAAGAAAGUAGCCAUGAUAGAGAAAAUAGCAUAACUUUUUCGAGAGAUCCUUUUGGUUGGAAUAAGUGGAAGACAAGUGCCAUUGGUUCUAACUCAGAAAAUAGCACUUCUGAUCAGAAUAGCUUCGAUAGGCGGCAGUAUGGGACAGCUUUUAUCAGAAAAAGUAAGGUUGCAAAACAGAACAUUAAUAAUACUAAACUGGUGUCGAGAGCGCAAUCUGAAGAAGUAACGUAUUUACGACAGAUAUUCAAUGGAGAAUAUAAAGUUCCAAAAAUAUUAAAAGAUGAAAGGGAAAGACAGUUAAGAUUAAUGGAUUUGGAUAGGGCAAAAGAUACUAGCUUGAAAAAGUCUAUAAUAGACUUAACUGAAAAGAUCAAAACAAUUUUAAUUGAGAACAACAACAAGAACAGACUACAGACAAGAAAUGAAAAUGAUGAUGAUUUAGUAUUUGUUAAAGAAAAGAAGAUAUCUUCUUUAGAAAGAAAACAUAAGGAUUAUUUAAAUCAAAAGUUGAAAUUUGAUAAAUCUAUAUUAGAAUUUGAAAGGGACUUUAAGAGAUAUAACGAAAUUUUAAAUGAAAGGAAGAAGAUUCAAGAAGAUCUUAAGAAAAAGAAAGAGCAAUUGGUUAAAAAGAAAUUGGUACCUGAACUGAAUGAAAAAGACGACGCCCAAGUACAAAAAGCAUUGGCAUCCAGAGAAAAUGCCCAGUUAAUGAAUAGAGAUAAUAUAGAGAUAACUGUACGUGAUUUUAAGACCUUGGCACCAAGAAGGUGGCUAAAUGACACAAUCAUUGAGUUCUUUAUGAAAUAUAUUGAAAAGUCGACUCCUAAUACAGUAGCAUUUAAUUCGUUUUUCUACACUAAUUUAUCAGAGAGAGGUUAUCAAGGCGUUCGGAGGUGGAUGAAAAGGAAGAAGACGCAACUUGAUAAACUUGAUAAAAUCUUCACACCAAUAAAUUUAAACCAAUCUCACUGGGCAUUGGGUAUAAUCGAUUUAAAAAAGAAAACUAUAGCCUACGUAGAUUCAUUAUCCAAUGGUCCGAAUGCUAUGAGUUUCGCUAUACUGACUGAUUUACAAAAGUAUGUUAUAGAGGAAAGUAAGCAUACAAUAGGGGAAGACUUUGAUUUGAUUCAUUUGGAUUGUCCACAGCAACCAAAUGGCUAUGACUGUGGUAUUUACGUCUGUAUGAAUACUCUCUAUGGUAGUGCGGAUGCUCCAUUGGAUUUUGAUUAUAGAGAUGCGAUUAGAAUGAGGAGAUUUAUUGCCCAUUUGAUUUUAAUCGAUGCUUUAAAAUAA